ACUCGUGCGCCUACCAGACAGUGGCGGAGGACGGCGCUCGCUAGUCUCCCAGGUCGCGGUACACGGCGAGAACGGGCGGGGCGGUCUCGGCUGCGUCCGGGCGAUCCAGUGCUUAGUUCCGCCAUAUCCCUCUCCACGACCUCGGUCGAGCAUGUUCACCAGGGCCCAGGUGAGACGGAUUCUGCAGCGGGUGCCCGGGAAGCAGCGAUUUGGCAUCUACCGGUUCCUGCCCUUCUUUUUUGUCCUGGGAGGGACGAUGGAGUGGAUCAUGAUUAAAGUGCGCGUGGGCCAGGAGACCUUCUAUGAUGUCUACCGUAGAAAAGCCUCAGAAAGACAGUAUCAGAGAAGGCUGGAAGAUGAAUGAGACUGAACUUCAGCAGUCAAUAAAGUCAAUAUGAAUUUUUA